AAAAAAUGUAUGAUAUAUGAUCUAGUGAAAGUUUUUUUUGUUCUAAAGAAGUGAUUAAGCUAAUAAUAUUUCUUUAGUUAUUAUGUUUUAAAAAUAAUGUGUACGAACUUAGAUUUGCCACAAGAAACAUCCAAAUUGUUCGGUGAAUCGACUUUGGAUGUUUUUUCGGCAAUACAAAAAGAAUUUGAUUAUAAAUGUUUAUGAGGCGUAGAACAAAACAACGACGAACAAUAAUAAGGAGAGUAAGAAGAACAACGCGGAGACGAAGAAUAUUUUAAUUGAACAGCCUCGGUAUGAGUUUAGAGACACUAUUAGAGGCAGCUCAAUAUUUGGAGCAACAAGAAUUAUUACGACAAAAGAAUGGUGUUAUUACAAACAAUACUGCUGGUACAAAAUUAACAUCAAAAUUAUAUCCAAAUACGACAUAUAGUCGUAAUACACAUGAAAUAACCACUCACCAUCAUCGUAUUACCGCUCAUAAUUUAGAUACACUAGCAGCAGUUACAGCCCCUUCAUUAAUAACGAGCGGGAAUGGAGGGGGUCGUACCAUACCUAGUGGAUUGGUCGUAACAUCUUCAAACAAAGAUAUUCCACAACAAUUACAAUGUAUUCCAAUACAAACAAAAACACCAAUAAUUAUCAACAACAAUCAUGGUAGUAUUAUUACAACAUCAUCGUCAGUACCACCUGGUGGGGCUGCUUUAAAUGUGUUAAAUGUCAACAACAAUGAUUUACAUCACGUUUCAACAAUUGUUCAACAACAGACAACAGUGAUACCAACGGUUCAACAACAGCAUGUAAUAACAUCACCAAAUCAAACAGUGUUAUCAACUACAAAUGUUUUAAGUGGUACUAGUGGUGGAGGUAAAACAAGAACAGUGUCACAAUCAUCACAACAAUCAGAUCAAUCAUCGUCCUAUCAUGAUUUCGGUAAUCAUUUUUUAAAUAAUAACGAGGAUUCAGCAACAAAUAGUGGUGGGGAGACUAAUAAGAAACAACGUACAAACAGCAAUAAUAGUUCAUGUGUUUUACGUGCUGGCACACGUGAAGUACACAAUAAAUUAGAAAAAAAUCGACGUGCACAUUUAAAAGAAUGUUUUGAAAUAUUAAAACGACAACUUCCCACCCAACCAGAUGAGAAAAAAUCAUCGAACUUAAGUAUCUUACAUUCAGCAUUACGCUACAUUCACAUAUUAAAACGUAAAGAACGUGAAUACGAACAUGAAAUGGAACGUUUAGCACGUGAAAAAAUAUCAUCACAACAAAAGCUAUCAUUGUUAAAAAAAGAUUUAUCACAACAAUGGGAUCAUUUGGAUUUUAAUCAAUUGUUACCGACCGCAAUUGUAUCUGGAAGUACAACACAGCAUGAGAUUAUUACGACGUCUUCUUCAGCGGUACCAGGUGCAUUUAAUAAUGGUUUGGAUCAUGAUAACGAACACUUGGGUGGUAAUGGACAAUUAACAACGUCAUCUUCGUAUAGUUCACCAAGUUCUAUGUCAAGUUUAACUACUAGUAGUAUAUCGUCAUCAUCUUCAGCUAGUGCUGCACAAGCUGUCAUUGCUACAUCACCAACUAGUACAAUUGGACCAUCUACACAUGUUAUUUCUAUUCCAACAGUACCCAGUAGUGGUACAAAUAAUGGUAAUGGUACAGCACCAUCUUCACAAGUUGUGCUAACACCAAGCGGUGUAGGUGUAGAUCUUCAACAAGCUGGACCCCCACAACAGAUAAUCUUAUCAACAAACCAUCCAACAAAUCAUAAAACAACAAUAAAUGUCCAGCCAAUACAUUUACCAUUGUCACAAGUAUUAGCUGCUGCAGCUGUCUCUGGCGGUGGACAUCAUCAUCAACAGCACCAACAAUUACCACCAACCAUACAGCUAUUAACAACAAAUGGUAGUCAUUCACAUCACCAUCAUCAUGGUCUACGUGUCUUACAGACGACGACUAAUGAUAAUACACGACAGUUGACAUUGGUAGCUGCACCAAGUACACCUGGUGCACCUGGAGAUCGUCCUUUAGCGUUAGUGGCUACAGCAGCACCUUCAACGAAUACAACAUCAUCGUCGACAGCAGCUUCUUCCAGUGAAUCGAUUGUUAUAACCACUUCAACAACACCAACAUCUAAUAAACUCGGUGGAGGUAUAAUAACACUACAGGGUGUACAAGUAACACCAAAUAAUUUUCGUGCAAUAACAACAACAAAUAAGAAUGGUAGUGCAACACCAGGUGGUCUAGGUGGUGGCUUAUUAGCAAAUGGUUUAACAAAUACUACGACAACUACAAGUAAAAAAGCUACACCGACAACCACAUUAACAAUACAACCGAUUCCACAAGAUAAUACAACAAAUGGAUCAACUCCAACUACAACAAUAUUAUCAGGAUUGACAGCACAACAAUUAGUGGUAUCACCAUCCGGUGCUGGUCUAACUGUAGGAGGUAAUGCUUCAAAUCACCCACACCAUCAUCCUCACCCACAAUUAGCUCAUAUUAUAACAACUGGUACGGGUACAACUACAGCAGCGGUUACAACACAUCAUCAUAUUAAUGGAAAGAUAAUAACACCCAUCAUAAAAACAUUAAGUGGUCAACAAUUACCAAUAAUUAAUACACAAUAUUUAAAUGCAACAACAUUCAUAAAACCAACAACAAUUAACAAUCAACAAACAACUGCAACAAUCAAUAAUAACAGCAAUAAUAGUAAUAAUAAUAAUAGUAUUGUUGUAACAACAACUCAACAACAAUUAAAUACAACAACGUCUAAUAGUUAAAACAACUGUCUUAUCAACCGUCAACUGACAUGAUGGCAUCA